UCCAUCCUCCGUCAAAAUACGAGAAAAUCUCAUCAAAAAACCCCACAAAAACCAAACAAUUCUUUAUUAUACACUAACUUGAAGGAUAUGUAUCCUUAGUACAGUUAUCUUUCUGUCUGUCAGGCUUCUAAGAAGCUCGAGAAUAGUAGAACUUGUUCUAAUUUUUGACUAUGAACGGACACGCGCCAAACUCAAACUUCAACUUGGCUUCGCCACAAUCUUCAAUACCAAGAAGAGCCAUUUCUCCUUCUCCUCGCUCACCUCAGUCUGCAGGUUUGAGCUAUCCUAAUAUCAAACAGAGAGGGUAUUAUUCGGAUAUAUUGGCUGAAGGAGCCAGACACGAUGUUGGGGAUAUUGCUGUGGGGCCAGCAGCAGCCCAAAGCACUUUAUGGAAAGCCGCAAAGGUUAAACAUACUCCAAAAGUGAAUACCUUCAAGGGCCCUGAAAACCUAGAAUCUUUGAAUGAAGUUCUCAAAGACCAAUACCACGGUCCAACUUCUGCUCCUAUUACAGUAUCAAGUUUUCCAUCAAAAGCUUGGGAACCUAAGGUUCAACUUCCAUAUAAAACAGAGACUGGCCAAGUACCCAGAAAAAUUGAGAUUGAAAGGCGGAAGCGCAUCUAUGCCAAACAAGACAUUGAUAGUCUACUGGAAGAGUUUGGUGUUAAUACAGCUGAUCUUAUGCCUAAAGAAGACUUAAACAUGUCAGUCAACUUGACCGGUUUAACCAAUGGUGACCCAGCUCCUUUCCCUCAUUUUCUGCCACUCCACAUCUUUGAUGACACAGAGUAUGACACAAGGACACCCCAAGAGUGGAUGAAUCUGGGUUUGUCUGAUGGAGUAGCUAAACCUGUUCCAGGAAAGGCACUGUUACCAACAGGGUUUGGUGAAAAUGGUGCAAAAGAGUAUGAAUGGGUUGAUGUUGGGGCAUUAGCCUAUGAUGUGGAGACUGAACUAUUCCUUGUAAGACUAGUAGGCUCCAAAGGAUUGCAGCAUAACGUUGUGCCUGAGGAGAUCAAAGUUAGGGCUGUGGUUACUAACCCAUUGGAGGAGCGACCACCAUCUCCUAAGCGUCAAAGGAAAAUCACAGAAAGUCCAUUUCAAGUGCCAAGGAUAAGGUUAUUAUUUGCGGCAGAAGAUCCUGUGAUAUUUGCUGAACGUGUUGCCAAGGCAUUUGCAUCGAGGAGUGAGACUGAAUCUUUGUUGCGGUACAACUUGUACAUUGAUUGCAUGCCAAUAGAUGGUGUUCCAAGACUGGAUACUUGCUCUAUAGACAGGAUGGUCAACUGGGCAAGAGAGACACGCACACUUAGAAAAGACAGGAACCUGGAAGAACACAUUCGUUUACUUUGCAAGGAAGUACAAAUAGACUUUGCCCGUUCCAUGAACAAGAUAACAUUUGACAGGGUGGUAUCAACCAAGAGGGACAUGUUCCCUUAUGUGACCAUCCAAGAGAAAGAAGAAGAAGUCAUUCCUGAAAGAGGUUUCCAUCCAGAUGUACCAACAUACCCCUUUGAUGAAAAGUUUGACAACUUUGCAUUCAACUCUCUCCUCACAAGAGAAGAAUCUAUUGUUGCUCUGGGAAAAGUGAUAACUGAAUGUAACAAGGUGUCAUCCAUGUCUGUGUUCCAAGUCCCAGUCACGAAAAGCAUGAAGAUUGAAGAGUUUGAGCAAGCUCAGGCCCAAGUCAGCUCACAGGUGCAGAUCUUUCUGCGUGACAGCUGGCUCAAUACCUUACGAACAGCCAUCAGAAGUAGUUUGCUUGAUGUUGGCAAGGGCUGGUUCAAUAUGGAUGAAAAGAAUUGGGAGGUUUACAAAAUCUCCAAGUUAUCCAAGUUUAUGGAGCUUGUAAAAUUUGCUAUGCAGGAUUCAUUGAGGUAUCUGGUGCAGGACUCACUGGCUGCCUUCACUAAUAUGAUCCUUGAUGCCUGCUACAUGGUGAGAGACCUACCAGAUGAUAUGGAAUGGACCACAGACAUCAAUAGUAGUCCACUCAAGCCCAAGAAGAAUGCCUUAUUUUUGCUUGACCUUACCAUGGAAAAGGGUAAAGUGACCUACAAUACUGACCUAGAAAGCUUUGAACGUGUGGUCAUCAAUUUGUUUGAUAAAGGCAUUUCCUGCACAAAG